AUGGCGGAGAAUUCCCCGCUCCAGGCGGCAGCGUGGCGCUCGAGUGGUGGGGUGGAGGGAGGGGGGGGGGGGGUCGCACAAUGUCUCAUGAGCCUGCUCCGUUCCGUCAGAGCCGUAAAGCGUGCACGGUAUGGGCACUUACGAGACGUCCGAAGGCGCUCGCCGUCGAUCCCGGGGACGAGCCCUUUAAGCCCGCCGGAUAAACCCACG